AUGGACCUGCUCAUCAUGCAGGAGCUGGCCCGCGCCGAGAGCCAGCAAGACGCUGCCGCCCUGAGGAAGGCAUACGCGUUGAUCACGUCAGCCAACCGGGGAAGGUCGGAGCUGGACCCUGCCGAGAGCUUCAGCCCCGACCUGCUGGUGCUGUGUGCAGAGCAGGCCCUCCAGAUGGGACAGCCAGAGGUGAGCGAGGAUUGCAUCCAGAUGUACUUCAAGGUGAAGGGGCCAGUCACCCAGUUUCUGGGCCGAGCGCACCUGUGCAGGGCCCAGCUGUGCGCCCCGCGGUCGGCUGAAAACCUGGAGGAAUUUGAAAACUGCGUGACUCAGUACAUGAAGGCUAUCAACUUUGCAAGAGGAGAACCGAGGUAUCACUUCUUGGUGUAUAAUGCAUCUGUCCUCUACUGGCAAAUGGUGAGGCCAUUUCUCAAGCCUGGAUAUCAUCACCAUCUGAUCCCCAGCCUCUCCCAAAUCGUAAACGUGUUAAAUCAGACCGAGGAAGAGGACAAGGAGUGGCGCGCCGAGCUGAUGCUGGAACUUCUUGAGUGUUAUCUGCAAGCCGGAAAAAAAGAGGAGGCUGCCAGGUUUUGUUCCACGGCAGCACCAUUCAUAAAAGCUCACGUGCCACAAAAAUACCGACAAAUAUUUUCUAUUAUGGUUCGUUAUGAAUUAAUGGACGAGCUUCAGUUAAAGGAAGAAAAGAAAAACUCCAUUAGCCUGUCAGUCACUUUCCACAUUAAUAUGCUCAGAGCAAAACUGGAUAAAAAUGAUUUACCAGAAGACAUCAGCCCAGCUCUGAAGAAGGCAUAUAGACAUUUAGGUUUUUAUAAUCACCAGCGCUUUCCUUCAAUUAGAGAAGAAAAAAUGCUUUUGCUUUUUGAAUUAGCUCGUCUUUCUUUGACCUUGAAAUGCCAGGAGAUCGCCUCCGACUGCCUCUCAGACUUGAAGAAAAUUGAAAACAAAGAUCCUGGGAAGCUGAUAGAAAUUGAAUGUCUGGAGUAUGAAUUAGAAGCUUUGAAACUUGAAAAUGAAAUUAAAGUCUAUAUCCGAUCAGCCGUUGAGACCCAGCUGAAUGUCAUAAAGAGACUUGACAUGGCGCUCCAGCGAGCCAUCCGCCUGGGCGACCCCCGCGUCAUCCACGUGGUGUGUGCCACCCAGUGGAACACCUGUCUCCCCCUCCUGCAGCACGGCCUGCGGCAGCACCUGUGGAAGCCACUGACCAGCAUUGCGGAGGUCCUGGAGAAGGUGGACAGUCUCAUGGUCCUGCUCCGCUGCCAAGUGCACAUGGAGAUGGCACAUAUCGAGGAGGAUGAGGACCGGCUGGAGCCCGCCAUGGAGCACCUGCAGAAGGCCUUGUGCCUCGACAGCCUGGGCCUCUAUCAAGAAAAGCUCACGGUGGCCAUCAACCGGCUGCGCCUGUGCACCAUGCUGUACCAAUCCCCUGAGCGCGCCGAGGACAAGGCCACCAUGGCCAUCGAGCAGGCAAAGAAAGCUGUCCCAAAAGACAGCGCCAGGAAGAAGCGCGCGCUCCUCGUGAACGCAGGCCUGGCCUUGGCCCCCGACACGUUUGCGACCAUGCUCGACAGUGAGAGUGAGGCCAAGGUUUCCACUGGGAAGAUCAGGAGCCGGUUCAGCCACCUGUCGGCAAAGGCUCGUCACCACAUCGUCAGCGUGGACAAGGGCGCCAGGCACCUGCGGCACUUGGGAAAUGAAAAUGACAAGGAGAGGAUACAAAUCUGGGCAGAGCUAGCCAAGGUCGCACGGAAGCAAGGCGUGUGGGACGUGUGUCGGGCGGCCUGCCGCUUCUGCCUGCUGUACGACAACGCCAAGGCGAAGAAGCCGGUGAAGGGGAAGAGAGGAAGGAAGAAGAAAGGUGAGGGAGGGUCAGUGCAGGACACCUGGGACUACUCGGAGGACAUCCUGGAGAGACAGGUGUCCCCUGACCUGCUGCGGAACUUCGCAGAGGUGGGCUUCAUCAAUGCCGAGGCCACCGUGCACUUGCUGCGGUCAGAAGGUGUCGAGCUGAAUGACCAGGCCAUCCCUCCCGAGGACUCCAGCCAGCAUCCGGCCGGCUGUGUGCCUGAGUCCCCGGAAGCGAGUGCAGAGUGGGCCAUGUACAGAACCUGGAUAGAAAGCUUGUCACAGUACGCCAUGAGCAACUGGCUGCGCUCUGCAGAAAUCGGACAGGAGAUACAGGAAGCCUGGAUCGUGCAGAACGCCGUGGUCUAUGUCCUGAACCACAACCACCACCUCCUCAUGGCCGGGCGGCAGAAGGAGCUCGUGGACGCCUUGACCCAGCUGCUGGGCAUCAUCAAGGCCAUAGGCCACAACGGGGACUCCAUGAUGUUAGUGACACUCUGCAAUGCCCUGGCUCGAGGCUUGAUCAUCAACAGUAUUCCAACCCAGACAUCUGAAAAAUCGAGAAGACUUGUGCGACCAAAUGUAUUUCACACUCCACUGGACUCUGGAGCCACCUCCGAUAUCAAAACGGCGGUGGAGGUCUGCGAGUUUGCUCUGAGCCUGACCAGUGGGAGCGUGCCUGAGGUGGCGGUCCCCAGCAGCGCGCGGCAGCAGCUCAUCGCCACCUGGGUGAAGGGCAAGCAGCUGCUGCAGCAGCAGAUCGGACCAAGGCUGGGCACCGAUGAGCAGGGCAGCAACGAGGACAUCAGUGCGGUGACCAGAGUGCUUGUGGCUUUGGAGAUGUACUCGUGCAAUGGGCUGGGCCUCAUGGACUUCACUGUCCCCUCCCUGGCCCAGUUGGUGAAAAUGGCUUCCGAGUGCAACUGGUCAGACCCCUUGGUGGAGCUGCAGACCCUGACACGACUGACACACUUCGCCUACGCGGCCCGGGACCACGAGAUCACCAUGGCGUGCUCCCAAAACGCCAUUCAGAUGGGCAUCAAGAGCCUGAAGACCUUCGGUCCGGCCAAGGCCCCGCUGGCGGCAGAGAUGCUGUGCACAGCCGCGUGUGUCCAGGGCAAGAGCAUCAUGGAGAACCUGCAGGGCAGGAAGCAACGGCGGCUGGCGGCAGCCAAGGCCUUCACUGACAGCGCCAGGUUUGGGGGCAUGGCAGGCAGCAGCGCCCUGGUGAUGCUGGCCGCACGGCACUUCUGGAACACCUGGCUCCCGCUGCUGUCCUCCGCGGCCAACAGGAAGGAAGCCAAGGGGGGCGUCCAGAAGAUCAUCAGCGUCAUCAACAAGACGGAGACCAAAAAGCAGGAAAAAGGAAAAACGCUGUUUCUGCACCAGUGGCCUACAGCGGACUUCCAGAGCAGUGGGACCACGGAAGGCUAUUUUCUCCCAGGGGCCGAGGACGACCUCACGCUGCGCGCGGCGCUCUACGGCCUGCUGUUCCACAGCCACGCUGACCAGAACGACUGGGAGGGCGGCCUCAAGGUGCUGGACGAGGCCGUGCAGGCGCUGCCGCGGACGGCCCACCGCCUCUUGAUUUUCAAACACAUGGUCAUUGUGAGGGCCAAACUUGGCCAGAAUUUUUCGAUGGAAAUACAGAAAUUCAAGGACGAAAGCGAAGGCUACGUGGCGAGCAUGUGGCACCGCCUGGCCUUGAACUCGAAGCACGUCCACGGAGAGCUGACCUGCUAUCACAGCGCGAUCCAGGCGCUGCAGAAGCCAGAGAGUGAGUGGCAAAAAGUUGACUACAUCAUGGAAUUCAGCGAGUGGCUGUAUUACAAACAGUUUCCUCUUGAAGACGUGGUCUUCCACAUCGAGUGGGCAAUCGAGAUCCUGCUGGCGAUGAAGCCCCCUGGAGAUGCCCCCAAGCCGGAGCCCACACCAGAGGAGGAGCACACACCUGUGCAGACACCUGCUGAAAGCCCGGCGUCCGAGGACGGGGAGGCAGCCUCCUGGGAGAGGCUGCACAGCGUGAGGCAGCUGGAGGCGCUGGCACGCGCGCACAUCCUGCUGGCCCUGGUGGUGGGGCCCGGCGCUGCCAGCCACCAGGACGCCUGCCUCCUGGCCCACGCCUUCCUCAGGCGCCUCUGGCAGGUUUCUUUGACAACAGCAGGAAAAUUAAUUUCAGAAAGUAAAAUCCCAGCAGCAGCCAGUUCACAUCUGUUAUUGCCCAAAAAAGAGGAGAAAAGUAAAGAAAAGGAGAAAGAGAAGACCAAAGAGAGGGAGAAGGGGACAGGGAAGGAGGACAAGGGCAAGGACAAGGGCAAGGACAAGGGCAAGGAUGCGAAGCAGUCUCAAACCCCCGUUCCUAGCAGACAACUUGAAGAUUUACCGACAAGCAUAGAAGAAUGGGCCUUCUAUUCUUGUCCUGAGGAAUUGCUAUCUGUAUUUAAACAAGAUAAGAGUGACUUCACUAUCAAUGCAUCAAGCGUCCAGAAGCCGACGUACAGUUUAUACUUUCUGGACCACUUGGCCAAGGCCCUGCAGAAGAUGUUCCUGUACGAGCUGGCAAUCCCGGUCCUGCAGCUGGGUGUACUCAUCGCGGACUCCGUGGUUGAAAGCAAGAGCCUCGCCGAUCUCUACCGCCUGCGGCUGGCCCAGGUGUGUUCAGAUCUGAGGCUGAGAGGAGCAGCCGCUCAGCACCAGGAGGCGCUACGGCAGGUGUACCUCUGUGACUCAGAGCAGGCAAGCUGCAGGAAAGAGAUUGCGUUGAGAAAAGAGAAAAACAAGGAGCCUGUGUCAGAGGAAAGCCUGCCUGUGCUGAGAGAGCAGGCACCUCCGGGCCAGCUCCCCAGGAUGAAACCUCUCGUAGCCAAGGACAAGAUUUUGAAAAUAAAUGGAGAGACCGGGAGGGACCUAGACGGAACCUGCUUUCCCCAGUUGUGGAUGCUGAAAGCAGAGGUCCUGCUGGAGAUGGACCUGCACCAGCCCGCACGGCUGCUCCUGGCAGAAGCUCACCUGGCCUUCCAGGAGCUUGAUGACCCUUUUGCAGAGUCACAAUGCCUGUUGCUUCUAGCACAGUUGGCCAACAAAGAAAAAAACUAUGGACAAGCGAGGAAACUGGUGGAGCGGGCCCAGCGCCUGGGCGGGACCGAGGAGUUGUGGUACAAUUCAGCCCUGACGCUGGCGGAGACGCUUCUGUCCACGGAAGAGGAGGGGCGAGAAAUCACGGUCUGCCACCUUUUCCAAAAACUCAUAGAUGCCUUUGAGGUUCUCAAGAAAGAAAGACCUAACAGGAUGCCCAUGCUGGAAUUCUUCACCACAGACCUGGAAGCCAGGUGCGUGAGCCUGCAGAUCACAGUCGCCCAGGAGGCAGCGGACAGCGAGCCUCCUGAUGGCUGCUUUUUACUGAAAGAGAUGGAUGACACCUUGAUGAAAAUUGAGGAAAAGUUCAUCAACUGUGGCUACAGAGAGAACUGUGUUGAUAUAAAACUAGAGCGUGCAAAGAUCAAGAGGUUAUGUGCCCAAUGGGAGAGAGAUGAGGAAGGGAAGACUGCACACUACUUGGAAGCUUAUGACUUGGUCCAGAGAGCUGUGGCUGAAGAGGAGGAGAGACUUCACAGUGUUCAGAGUUUAUUGUCCUUUCAAGAUUUGCAGAACGUCAACACGCCCCUGAUGAGGAAGCUCGCCCGCCUCAAGCUCAGCCUCGCCGAGGUGUCUCUGGACGUGCUGCAGGUCACCUGGGAGGAGGCGCUGCAGCGGGAGCUGGAGCAGGGCUCCGUGGAGAGGUUACUUGCAGACUAUCUGCACAGCACCAGCGACGACAGCCCCGUCGGCCUGCAAUGGCUCACGCUGAAGCGCACCCUGGCACACACGGCGCUGCAGCAGCUGGGGAGCCUGCAGCCACUGUGCGUGAACUGCGUGCAGAUCCGCGCCCAGCUCCUGGGCCUGGCCGGGAGGGCCCUCCACCUGCUGGCCAUGCGAGCAGACCCCGUGCGCCCCACGCUCUACUGGGAGGAGGGCCUCUUGGUGGGCACCAAGCCAAGCAGCCACAAAUCUCUGGAGCUAGAAGUCGAGGAUGCAGGUGUUGAGGAGUCCAGCUGGGACCCACCAGCCUCCAGAGCAGCACCCAAGGAGUACAGCAGGAAAGCCAUGGAUCUGAAGAGGAGGUUAGCGUUGGCCCAGCGGUACCUGGCCCAGGCGUCAGAGGUGCUGCUGCAGUGCCUGCAGGUGGCACUGGGCAGCAGCCUCUUGGACAUCGCAGCAGCUGCCAGCCUGGAGAUGGUGGAGUGCACCAGCACCCUGGACCCCGUGGCCACCUGCCAGUUCCUGGCACUGUCCCAGAGCUGCUCGGCCUCAGGGAUGAUGCGGGACGUCCUGCUCACGGCCACGGCCAACACGAGCAGCUCGCAGCUGGCGGCCCUACUGCAGCUGCAGCACUGGCUACGAUGCCAGGACAGGACCUACACCAGCCUGUUCACCACCGUGGAGCAGAGGCUGGCCACCAUCUCCAAGGCUUGGCAGAACCUCUGUGUCACGGAACAACACUUCAACCUCUUGAGUGAGAUUCCACCUACAUUUCGGGUCCUCUUUCUGCACCACUCUCGAGACAGGUCCCGUCUGUAUGGCGCUGCCUAUGAGAAACCCAGGCUCCUUCCUGCAGCCAAAGGGAAGACACUGCAAGUGGGAGGCCACUGCAAGGUGUCACGUGUGACUGUGAGCCCCACUGCCCUCUCAGACCUGUUGGCCAGCGCCCAGCAGUUCCGGGAGCAGACCCAAGCCAAGGAGAAAGAGGACUGUCUGCGGACCCUGAACAGCGUCCUGAGGCCCCUGGAGGAGUACCUGAAGCCACUGUCCCCGCUGCUGCGCUGCCCCGAAGCCAGAGUACAGAUGCCCACAGUUGUCGUGGAUUCAGGGAAACCAAAGGUCAAAGAUAAGGAAAGGAAAAUGUCCACACCACAAGACCAGCCCGAGGCUGCAGAUUACGUGAUCCUGAUUGUGGACAGGCAUUUUCUGGAGCUGCCACUGGAAGGUCUCUCUGUGUUCAAUGAAGGGACGGUUUCCUCGGUGUCACGAGAAUUUUCUCUCCAAAUGUUGUGCAAUCGCCUCCGCAAAGAAGAAACAGAAGGCGGCGCAAGAAAGGAGGGCAAAGGCAGUGAUCUCAGAAAGAGAAGUCCAGCAAAGAAGGGCAAGAAGGGCGGCACCCCCCGGACGGUCCCCCCAGACUGCAUUAUCGUGGACUCCGACAACUUCAAGUUUGUCGUGGACCCCUAUGCGGAGGCCCGGGACAGGGGGAUGCUGGCUCCUGUCUCCAUAACCCGGCAAAUUUUGGAAAGAUUCCGAGACUCGUUCACUUCGCGCUGGGUGGGGCAUCUGGGAAGCAAGAACUUCCUCAGCCAGGCCGAGUGGGAGCAGGUCCUGGGCAGCUGCAGUGGCUUCUUCUUCUACGGCAUGGAGGGCUUCCUGUCACAUGUGCUAGUGGAGAGGUUGGUCGCCAUGAACCUGCAAGAGUGCCAGGUGAUGGUCCUGCUGGACCGGACGCAGUCCUUCAAGAGCAUGCGGCGGCAGAUGGCUGUCUCAGAGAAUAAGAGCACAUCCCAGCUAUCCUUGGAGGAGCCCAUUGAGACUGCCAUCCUUCUGAGCCUGGUGGGCGUCAGGAGCAUCGUGGCAAACCAGUGGCCAACGCUGUUGCAGGACAACGCGCUGCGGGCCAGCCUCCUGUGGGAAAAUCUGCUGACCUUUGGCAAGCCAAUUGGGAAAGUGGUCCGUCUCCUUCAGAAGAUGGAAGGCACUGAGAUGGUUAACCAAGCUGUAGUGAGCAACGUGGGUGGUUGGCUCUGCCCGGUAGCAGAUGCCACCUGCGGCCUGAGCUUGGGUCGACCCUGUUGGGAGACCUCGGCGGGUGGCGGUGUAGUCCUCACGGUGCCCUGGAGCCAGAAGCACCGCCCUGCCCCUCGCGCUGAACAUGAUGAGGCUCAUCACAUCUGGAAGGACAAGCUGGCGAUCCCGCGGCCACAGCUCCAAAGCUCCGAGCUGCUCCCCACCGCUCUCAACUUGGUCCUGUACGGGCUGCCGCACCAAGCCAUCGCGUGA